AUGCAAACUAAGGAAAGAUUGCAUGGUGUUGAUAAGGCUAUUGCAAUGUGGUUCUAUGAUGCAUGUAUACCUAUAAAUGCAAGUAACUCUCCUUAUUUUCAAAUUGCGGUUGAUAAAAUAGCUGAUAUUGGUCAUGGUUACAAAGCCCCUAAUUAUCAUGCUUUGAGGGUCAAUUUGUUGAAAGAUGCAAAAACUGACGUUUCAUUACUAAUAGAUUCUUUUAGAAGUAAUUGGAUUGAAAGUGGUUGCACGAUUAUGAGUGAUGGUUGGAGGGACAUUAGGCAGCGACAUUUGAUUAAUUUUCUGGUUUACUGUGAGAAAGGGAUUUCAUUUCUUAAAUCUGUUGAUGCAUCUAACAUAACGAACAAUUCUGUCAACUUGUGUAACUUGUUUGCUGAAAUAGUUGAAAUGGUUGGGUCAAACAAUGUAGUUCAAAUAGUAACCGACAAUGCUGCUAACUACAAACGGGCCGGUGAAUUGUUAUGUGAAAAAUAUCCUUCUAUGACUUGGUCCCCAUGUGCAGCCCAUUGUGUCAAUCUUAUAAUGAAGGAUGUCUCAGAAUUAGAGAAUGUGAAAAGUUUGAUAACCCUUGCAUCAAGGGUUACUGUUUUCAUCUAUAAUCAUAAGUGGCCAUUGCAUUGGUUGAGGCAAAGACCUGGUUGGACAGAAAUAAUUAGGCCGGGUGGUACUCGUUUUGGAACAUCUUUUAUUGCAUUGAAGAGUUUAGUCGACCACAAAGAGGAUUUGCAAGUGAUGGUUAUCUCUAGUGAGUUUAAAAAGAUGUUGAAAGUUGGAAAUGUGUAUGAGUGUAAGUCUAUUGUGAUGAAAGAGGAAUUCUGGAAUAAUUGUUUGAUCACAGUAAAGGUCAUGACCCCUUUGUUAAGACUAUUGCGUAUGUGUGACACGGAUGAAAAACCUUCAAUGGGAUAUGUUUAUGAUGGAGUUUGUCGGGCGAGGAAAGGGAUCGAGGCACUGUUUAAGGGAAAGGAAUCAUCGUACAAGCCAUAUACGGAUAUACUCGAUCGUCAUUGGGAAAACAUGUUGAGUACUAGCAUUCAUCGAGCUGCGUAUUGUUUAAAUCCCACUUUUCAGUGUGAUAUAGAUAGAACGUGUAAUAAAGAGAAUAGGGUGAUUCAUGGUGUUAACGAUAUGGCUGAGAAGUUCUUUUCCCCCAUUGAAGUGUUAGAUAUUUCCAGGGAUUUAGGCAAGUUUCGUGAUGCUCAGGGUACUUUUGGUAGGACUAUGGCGGUGGUUUCUCGUAAAGUUACUCAACUCGCUGAAUGGUGGAGGUUAUUUGGUGGAGAAUUUCCGUUGUUGCAAAAGCUUGCGAUUCGAGUAUUAAGUCAAACCGCGUCUUCCUCGGGCUGUGAACGUAAUUGGACUGUUUUUGAAAGGAUCCACACCAAAAGGAGGAAUAGGUUGGAGCAUCAACGACUAAAUGAUCUUGUAUUUGUUCAUUAUAACUUGCGGUUGCAAAACAGGUAA